CAUGUGAUAUUUUCCUCAACGCUCACUUGAUUCCCGUUCCUGAGGCACGAAAAUCGAUCGAACGGAUUGUGGGUGGCUCAAAGUGCGUUUCAAGUGCGAAAUUCUCCCCUGAUUGCAGUCCCGCUUCAACGAUGGGUGCUUCCGCGCUGCCAAUCAUUAUUUUCUCUGCCAUUUUCGGUGUUGUCGGAAUUGUACUGCCAAUUGUCGCACCGAAAGGCCCCAACCGCGGGAUUGUCCAGUGCGUACUGAUACUGACGGCAGUAACUUGCUGGUUGUUCUGGCUGUGUUGUUACAUGGCGCAGAUGAACCCACUGAUUGGCCCGAAACUCCACCAAAAUACGAUUCUGAUCAUGGCACGCGAAUGGGGCAAUCCACUUCCGGACAUGGAUGGGUACAAACCCGAACACGUUGAAACCUAAGUUGAUCAUGUGGUGCAAAUUCAGGCAUACAAGCAUACACGAUGGCCACAUUCCCAACUAUAGACUACGGCCAGCAUCGUCCAUUGUUUUCAUCUUUUAUCACGUCGCGCAGUUUCCCCUCUAGUGCCACCGCUUAAGAAUGAAAAUUUGUCCUAAUCCUUCCGAAAUGAUGGGUUAAAUGUCUUCGCAAGAUGAUAGUGCUGAAGGUCAAGUUGGCAUGAAGAUAAGAUUCACCGUUUCUAUUUCCCUUCUACAAUUUCUACGCCCAGAACCAUUAAAAAUACUGCGCAAAUCGA